AUGGACGUUGAUGGUCAGCAGAAUGACCAUGGCCUUCACCAAACUCCAGAAUCUGAGUCAAUGUUCGCCCAGGCUCGGCAGAGAAGGAAGAUUGCUGAACUCAAAGGAAAGUUAGAGGCUCUCAAGUUGGGGCAUACAAUGAAGGAAAAGCAAAUGAAUUAUUAUCUAGCUCAAGGACGAGGGCUAAGGCAUGUUGUCACUUUGUUCAAUAGUAUCGAGGAUUCAGUCGCCAAAAAUGACCAGAGAUAUGACAAUGUUGAUGAUGAUACUAAUGGCACUGUCAACCAAGAUCGGCUACUAUACGGGUACAGCAUCCUAGUGAGAACCUUGCCAUGGUUUUUGAAGAAAACCACAGACAUGGAGCACAACAACUAUGUGUGCAUGUGUCAUAUCCCAUAUGCCAGACAUAGAUCCCAUCAUAUUCCCACGCUUUCCGGACCUAUUUCCGGACCCCAUAUCCAACUCAUUCCUGGAUCCCCUAUCCUGUCCACCCUACGCACAUUCCGUCCAGCAAGACAUCCAGACUUUACCUCCUCUUGGAUUCCAGACUACAUCCACCACCUCACAUAUCUCAGUCCUGUUUCCACCCUGCCUUCCGGAUCCCCAGAUCUCCGGACCUCCGGAUAUUAA